AUGAACCACCGUCUCUUGAGAAAGAUGAAGCAGUAUUAAAAUCCAUAAGUGGAGAUAAAGAAAGAUGUUCACCUCAGAAUGAUAAAGAUUUCUGCGUUGCUCAAUGUGCGGUCCAGCUUGAGUCUUCUUUAUCUAAUCGUAAGCAUAAGGCCAAUGAAAUUGAGGAGGAUCGGACGUUCGGAAGAGUUUUUGUCACUGAUGCCGAAAAAUUCUAUUUUAUGGCCGCGGAACCGGUGGUCGUUGUAUAUAAAGACGAAAAUUUGCAAACUAAG